AUGUCACAUGAUGAUGCACGCAGUGGGUGCUUCAAUGUUCGCAAUCGCUUCCGAAGCCUUGAAGACAGAUCCCACGAAAACCUGAGCAACGGCAGCACGCCUGAACAACGAUUUGAUCCACCUCGCCAUCUCCUGGGUAAAGAACCCACUGUUCCUGAUCCGCCCGGAAACGUAGUUUCGGUGCAGACUGCUCGAUUGAACGAGCUGGAAGCGACAGCCGCCAGUGAAGGGACGGGCCAAGGCCUUGGCAAUGCAGUGCAUUCCAACACGCCCGAACAGUGGGAGAUGAUCCAAGCCACCGGGAAACAGAAGGCAAAAUUUUCAGGUGUUAUUCCGGUACCUGUGACCUUGUCCGGUUGUCGGACACUGCCAGCGUUGGAGCCGGCAUUCGACUGCGCCAUCAUCUCAUACCCUGCCUUGCUUGGCGUGUAUUUUAUCAUGUCCGAACACCUUGCGACUGAUGCGGUGCGACCCGUACAAGGCUUUCCUUCCACGGAUAUCGAUGUCGAGAAGAAUGGCGAUCCAAACGUACACACCCACGAGACGGGCAGCAAUGGCGACGACAAAUCUGUCGAGUCGGAGACAUUCCAAAACGGUGUCCAGCGUGUGCGCGCCAUCACUGAGAUCUGGAACAAGCAGACCUUGAUCACCAUGUUCAUCUUGUUGUACCUCAUUGAAUUCGUCGCAUUCUUGCAAAACGCCAUUGACUCGUCACUCAACCCGUUCAUAACCUCGUCUUUUGGUAGACAUGGCCUCUUGACAGUCGGAAGUGUCAUGGCCACGGCCCUAUCUGGUUGCAUCCCACUCGUUACUGCCAAGGUCAUUGAUGUAUUCGGUCGCGUCGAGGGCUUCUUCAUGAUGCUCAUCAUCAUCGUCGUUGGUAUGGCAAUCAAGGCUGGCUGCAACAGUGUCCAAAUGUACAUUGCCGGUCACGUUCUCUACUGGGCUGGCCACAUUGGUGUCCUAUACGUUACCGACAUGAUGACCGCCGACAUGACCACGCUCAAGAACCGCAUGAUUAUAUUUACGCUCAACGGCACGCCUCGUAUCGCAAGUACUUUUGCUGGACCUCGAAUCGCCGACCUUUUUUGGAACCAGAACAAUUGGCGUUGGGCAUUUGGUGCAUUCAUCAUCAUCUUCAUUGGCUGCUGUCUUCCAGCCCUGAUUGUCAUGAUGUUCAUGUAUCGCAAAGCCAGGAAGGCUGGUCUUGUUAAGAAAGUCGAGUCCGGUCGUACCCCGUUACAGUCUGUUUGGUAUUACUUUGUCCAGUUUGAUAUCUUUGGCAUCAUUCUCAUCAUGUGCGCAUGGUGCCUGUUCGUGCUACCCUUUAGCCUGGUAUCAUAUGCUCCCAACGGCUGGAAAACACCCUACAUCAUUGCCUGUAUCGUACUCGGACUAGUCCUAUUCCCCGUCUUCUAUUUCUGGGAAGCCAAAUUCGCCCCCGUCCAGUUCCUUCCCUGGAAAUACCUCAGGAACGGUACCAUUGUCGGAUCCUGCCUUCUCUACGGCGUCAUGUUCCUCUCGGUCUUUUGCUGGAACGGAUACUUCAACUCGUACCUUAUUGUUGUUCACAGGCAAAGCAUCACCAACGCUGGUUACAUCCUCAACGCCUUUUCCCUCACGUCGGCCUUUUCCAGUCCCUUCAUCGCAUGGUGGAUCAGGUACUCGGGCAACUUCAAGUGGACAGCUUAUACGGGUGUACCGAUUGUCUUGCUCGGAACUGCUCUGCUCAUUCCCUUCCGGGCACCAUCUACCAACCCUGGCGUCCUUGCCUUCACCCAAAUCCUCAUCGGUCUUGGAACCGGAUUCUUUGCCACGUGCGCUAACCUCGCCGUCAUGGUACCCGUCUCACAUCAAGAAAUCGCCGUCAUCAACGCGCUCUGGGGUCUUUUCGGCAGCUUUGGUUCUUCCAUUGGCUACGCCAUCGCCGGUGCCAUGUGGAACAAUCUGCUUCCCGAGCAGCUCCUCAUGCGCCUCCCCGAAUCCAGCAAGGCCGACUACCGCAAAAUUUUCGGAAGUAUUGAAAUCCAAAAGUCUUUCUUGGACGGGACACCGGAGCGCGAUGCCGUCGUUGGCGCAUAUGCUGAUGUGCAGCGCAAGAUGGUUAUUACGGGUGCUUGCUUUGUACCACUUUGUCUAGCGAGCAUUUACGUGUGGAAGAAUAUCAACGUUAAGAAGUUGGAAGAGGAGAAGGGCAAGCAGACAAAGGGUAAUGUCUUUUAAGCAGAAUCUGCUGUACUUUUUGGGCAUUGAGCUCCUUCUUUGAUCAAUCGUCUAUCGUUUACUCCGAAAUAUAGAAUCCACUAGUAAUUCUCUCGCUGA